AUGACCCCGUUAGUCGGCGAAAUGUCGCCGGCGGCAGCAGAAUCAGUCUACUUCAACGAGUACCCCCCACCCAAGGCACUACCGAAGCAUGAAGCGCUCGCGCGCGCAUUUAUCGAGCUACACGUGGAGGCAAACCGGCGCGUAGUGCUCGUCACUUCUGGCGGCACAACCGUACCACUAGAAGCGCAAACCGUGCGCUUCAUCGACAACUUCUCAGCCGGAACUCGCGGCGCCACCUCAGCCGAAUACUUCCUCGAGCAAGGGUACGCCGUGAUCUUCCUCCACCGACAAUACAGUCUCCUGCCAUACUCGCGGCACUACAGCCACUCGACCAACUGCUUCCUCGAUUUCAUGGACGAGGCCCCGCCCUCGGCCGACUCCUCCAACCCGGGCGAUGGACCGAUCAUGGUGCGCGACGAGUACCAGGACCAGAUGCGCAGCGUGCUGCGAAAGUACCGCUACGCGAAGCAGAACAACCGACUCUUGCUUCUUCCUUUCACGACUGUCUCCGAGUACAUGUUCGAGCUGCGAUCAUUGGCGAAGUUGAUGCGACCAUUGAAUGAGAAUGCGCUCUUUUAUCUUGCUGCAGCCGUCAGCGAUUUCUUCAUCCCGCGCAGUCGUAUGGCCGAGCAUAAGAUCCAAUCUUCCGAGCUCCCUCCGCAUAUGCAGGGUAGCGCGGUCGAUCCGGAUGAAAUCUACACCGGCGAGAACGAGGAACAGCCAUCGAAUCGCAAGAAGCUCGUCGUCAACCUUGACCCCGUGCCUAAGUUCCUGCACCAGUUGGUGGACGGCUGGGCUCCAGAGGGUAGUAUGGUUGUAUCGUUCAAGCUGGAGACGGAUCCGUCGUUGCUUGUCUACAAGGCGCGCACAGCGCUACAGCGGUAUUCGCAUCACCUGGUUAUUGGAAACUUGCUCUCGACGCGCAAGUGGGAGGUUGUAUUUAUUACGCCGGAUGAGCCGCAUGAGCGCUGGAUCCGGGUGCCCAAGUCCCGGCGCAGCAAGAGUAUCUCUGGAGUGGAGGAUCAGGUUGGGUUGGCUGAGGCUAUGAAGGGGAAGUCCCCGUCAGUGGAGCAGUUGGAGGCUGAACAGGCUGCUGAAGGCCAGCGGGAUGGAAUCGAGAUUGAGAGUCUGAUUAUUCCGGAGUUGGUGAAGUUGCACAUGAAGAUGGUUGAGAAGAAGAAGAAGAAGCCCGCGGAGUGA